UCUCUAUCUCUGUGUGUGGGGUGUGUGUGUGUGUGUGUGUGUGUGUGUGUGUGAAAGCUUCGUUUCUCCUCGUGAGAAAAUAAAUCGAGUGAAGGCCCUUCAUCUUUAUUUGAAGAAUCUCCUUGGCGGACUCUUCUGCUUUCGCCCUUCUGGUUAUUAUGGUUCCUGCCCUUGCGUGAAACAACAUACAAAUGGCAAAUGAACAGAGGAAUUCGGUCACAUCAAUGCUGAAGCCAAAAAAAGCUGCUUGGACACUUGAGAUCCACAAAGUGUUUGUAGAUGUAUGUCUUGAACAGACAUUGAAAGGAAAUAAACCUGGGACACACUUUACAAAGGAGGGUUGGAGGAAUAUAGAAGAAUCAUUCAAAAAAAAAUCGGGUUUGAGGUAUGAAAGGAAACAAUUGAAGAAUCACUGGGAUUCUACUAAGGAACAAUGGAAGUGCUGGUGUAAGCUGAUUGACACUGACAGAAUGAAAUGGGAUCCAAUCAAUCGCAAGUUUGGUGCGAGUGAAGAAGACUGGGCCAACUAUCUACAGGCUAACGCUGGAGCGGCACAAUUUAGGUUUAAAGAACUUCCUUUUACUGACAAAUUAGAGACCAUCUUUGAUGGAAGAAUAGUUAGCGGAGAAACAGAACCUCCUCCUCAGCGCAGGAGGCUCAGUGAUGAUUCAACUACCUCCCUUUUGCAUACAAAAGAGCCAGGACCAGGUGAUUCGACUACCUCCCUUUUGCAUACGAAAGAGCCAGGACCAGGAGUCUCAAGGCCUGAUAUCAGAACUGAGCGUGUUUGUGAGGCAGCCGAAUCAAGGAGUGUUGUGACAGUUCAAUCUUCGCUGGGCAAACUCAACUAUAGCAUUGGGGAAUGCAUUGAGUGCUUAGAUGGGUUGGAGGAAGUAGAACCAGGGAGUGACCUGUACUUGUUUGCAUUAGAUAUAUUCCUGAAGAAGGAAUACAGGGAGAUUUUCCUUCAAUUGAAGAAGCCUAGCGUGAGGGUUGCCUGGUUGCAACGGCUGCAAUCAGUUGGUCCACCAUUGCCCUUGCGUUAGUACACUUGCCGUGUUAUGAGCUUCUUUUUUAAACUGGUAAGACAUAGUUAUAUGAUUUUAGUAACAUCUUCGGGAAGUCAUUGUUGAACUUCUUUUCUCUGGUUUUUUAGAAAUUGUCUUUGAUACGUUUUGCAAGAUGUACUGUACUUUGUUCAUUUAAGAAGGUUAUUUAUACUCUUA